AUGACGCAAGCUCUGAUCCGCCAUAGGAGUACAUUGACCACGUCCUCCCACUUCCUCGUCCUCCUCCUCUCCUCCUUCCUCCCCUGUCUACUCCUCCUUCUAGCCCCAGUCUGUCAUGUGAGCCACGCCAAGGCGCUCCCGGCGCUCCCCCAGCCAAAGACGACAAACUGCAGCAGAAGCGGAAGUGUGCUCACCGAAACCGGAACUGAAAAAGACGCUGACGUCAGGUCUCAAGAACACGAAGCUGUCGUAGAGGAACUCAAGUCGAAGAUUUUGAGUAAACUCAGCUUUGCCCAAGGUCUCCCGUCCAACACAACAGUCAACAAAAUGUCCCAGAUGUCUACAAGAGAAGUGAGGGAGAAAAUCAAGGAGUUUAUGAAGAGAGUGAGGCGAGAGCAGGUAGAAAGAGGAGAGAUAGAGUCUGAAACCCACCCUGAUGACGAGGAGGAGGAAGAUAAUGUGAAAUCGACCCUCUAUUACAGUGCUGAGCCAUCAAACCAAGUCUUUGUUCAAAAAGUAGAUUCUGGUUCUGAGCCCCAACCACUCAGCAUAACCACCUUCCACACUAAGCUCAAACAUCCCGCCGAGCCGUACCACGAGCUAUUGAUCAAGUCUGCUAUCUUGCGCAUGCGUCUGCAGCACCAGAGGACAAGCCUGCAGCAAGGCGGGGUUAAUACUCUGAAGUCACCCCUCAAUGUGAGCAUGUACUGGCUCCAGCAUGAAGACAGCAGCAAUCACAACACUGAGCAUAGCAGCUCAAAGAAAAGACUGUUGAAAUCCUUCACUAUCCAUGGCACUAACGUGCAGACUUUGACAUUGGACGUGGAAUCGCUACUGUCUUCGAGCAUUGCAGACUUUGAAGACAGCCACCGACCAAUAAGAAUUGGGGUGACGGUUCAGGAAAUGGGCUCAUCUUCCAGUGAUGCUAAAGACAAACAUUCCAUAUCAGCUCAACAACAACAACAACCCUCGCAGCAACACCACACAGUGGACAUUGCGGCGUCGCUGGAAGUGACGUCUCGAACCCGCAACCUCAGGCGUCUGUCUCGUGGCCGUCGUGACACGGCCAGACGGGAGUGCUCCAACAGCUUGUGCUGUCGCCAUCAGGUCUACAUCUCCUUUUCCGACAUCGGCUGGGACGACUGGGUGGUGGCGCCUGAAGGCUACAACGCCUACUUCUGUAAAGGAGACUGUCCACUGCGAUAUAAGUCGUCUUCCACAUUCUCGCAGAUUAAAAGUUUGCUGCACGCCAAGAACCACAACCUCAUCCCGUCCCCCGUUUGUGCUGCCACAGGUUACAGUAGCCUACCUGUCCUCUACUACGACGAUUUUGGCGCAUUGCAGGACACAGACUAUGCCGAUAUGCUUGUGACUGGAUGCCGAUGUAAUUAG